GGUGCGCGCGCAACCCGGGCGCCAUGGCGGCGGCGGCGGGCCCGCGGCCUCAGGCCGCAAGUCCGCAGUGGGUGCCCCCCCAGCGCGACCCGGCCGGGGCAGCGGCGGGGCUGGGCGACUGCGAGGACGCACCGGUCCGGCCGCUGUGCAAGCCCCGCGGCAUCUGCUCGCGCGCCUACUUCCUGGUGCUGAUGGUGUUCGUGCACCUGUACCUGGGCAACGUGCUGGCGCUGCUGCUCUUCGUACACUACAGCAACGGCGACGAGAGCAGCGACCCCGGGCCCCAGCGCCGCGCCCAGGGUCCCGGCCCCGCGCCGACCUUGGCCCCCCUCACCCGGCUGGAGGGCAUCAAGGUGGGGUAUGAGCGCAAGGUCCAGCUGGUCGCCGACAGAGAUCACUUCAUCCGAACCCUCAGCCUCAAGCCGCUGCUCUUCGAAAUCCCUGGCUUCCUGAGUGAUGAGGAGUGUCGGCUCGUCAUCCACCUGGCACAGAUGAAGGGGUUACAGCGCAGCCAGAUCCUGCCCACCGAAGAGUAUGAGGAAGCAAUGGGCGCGAUGCACGUCAGCCAGCUGGACCUCUUCCAGCUGCUGGACCAAAACCACGAUGGUCGCCUGCAGCUCCGUGAGGUCCUGGCCCAGACUCGCCUGGGAAAUGGACGGUGGAUGACUCCAGAGAACAUUCAGGAGAUGUACUCUGCGAUCAAGGCUGACCCUGAUGGUGAUGGAGUGCUGAGCCUGCAGGAGUUCUCCAACAUGGACCUUCGCGACUUUCACAAGUACAUGAGGAGCCACAAGGCAGAGUCCAGCCAGCUGGUGCGGAACAGCCACCACACGUGGCUCUACCAGGGCGAAGGUGCCCACCACGUCAUGCGUGCCAUCCGCCAGAGGGUGCUGCGCCUCACCCGUCUGUCACCUGAGAUCGUGGAACUGAGCGAGCCACUGCAGGUCGUGCGGUAUGGCGAGGGAGGCCACUACCAUGCCCAUGUGGACAGUGGGCCUGUGUACCCAGAGACCAUCUGCUCCCAUACCAAGCUGGUAGCCAAUGAGUCUGUACCCUUCGAGACCUCCUGCCGGCAAGUACCUCCCACCUGGGGGCUGCCUUCAACUCCCAGACCAGGCACACCCAUGACACAAGCACAGCCCUUGCUAUGGGUGUGCCCCCUUGGUAAGGGGCCAGGAGAGUGCUGGGCCAUCCUGGUCGAGGAUACCCCCAUUUUUCCCCCCAGGUUGUUUACCAGGUGGCCCAAAAGGGGUGGUCAUCUUGUCUCAAUGGCCAGACUGAGGCGCCCACAGACAAUGAAACCCACCCCCAGAGCUCUCAGGCAAGGGGCAAGCUACAUGACAGUGCUGUUUUAUCUGAACAACGUCACCGGUGGGGGCGAGACUGUCUUCCCUGUAGCAGACAACAGAACCUAUGAUGAAAUGAGCCUGAUUCAGGAUGAUGUUGACCUCCGUGACACUCGGAGGCACUGUGACAAGGGGAACCUGCGUGUCAAGCCCCGCCAGGGCACAGCAGUCUUCUGGUACAACUACCUGCCUGAUGGGCAAGGUUGGGUGGGUGACGUGGACGACUACUCGCUGCACGGGGGCUGCCUGGUCACGCGUGGCACUAAGUGGAUCGCCAACAACUGGAUCAACGUGGACCCCAGCCGGGCGCGGCAGGCGCUGUUCCAGCAGGAGAUGGCCCGCCUGGCCCGCGAAGGUGGCGCCGACUCGCAGCCGGAGUGGGCCCUGGACCGGGCCUACCGCGACGCUCGCGUGGAACUCUGAAGGAAACGUCCGUCCCAGUCCCCAGCCGAGGUCGCCCGCCGCCUGAAGUCCGGGGCCCUGCCGUCCCAUGUCCAGCUGCAGGCCAAAGGCCUGGCCGAUGUCUUGCCCCAUCUCCGCCUCCAGCCGCGAUUAGGGCACAGUUCCUACAUCCGUGUUAUUUAUUGUGUACAGACCCGUGCUUCCCCGACAAAUAAAACUGCGCGGCUCGGAGAUGCAGGGCUGAG